GCGCGGGCGGGCGGAAGGCGGCUCCGGCGGCGGCCGGGGCGGACGGAGGGCGGGUCGGCGCCUUUGUGUGAGCCGAGCCGGGAUGGUGCGGGGCGCCGGGCAGAGCCCCUUGCCCUACCAGUUUCUGGAUGCCAAGCACCUCCUGCUCAUGAAGCUGAUGAAUGCGUGAAGAAGAAGCUGACCAGGAGAGGGACUCUUAAGCAGCUGCUAAGAUGGGCAUGAGGAUCAAGUUGCACAGCACCAAUCACCCCAACAACCUGCUGAAGGAACUCAACAAGUGCAGGCUCUCCGAGACCAUGUGCGACGUCACCAUUUUGGUGGGCACCCGCUCCUUUGCUGCACAUAAGGCUGUUCUGGCCUGUGCUGCAGGCUACUUCCAGAACCUCUUUCUGAACACGGGGCUGGAUGCUGCUAGGACCUAUGUAGUGGAUUUCAUCACGCCGGCCAACUUUGAGAAGAUCCUCAGCUUUGUGUACACCUCGGAGCUCUUCACAGACCUAAUCAAUGUCGGCGUCAUUUAUGAGGUGGCAGAGCGGCUGGGCAUGGAAGAUCUGCUGAAGGCCUGCCAUUCAACCUUCCCUGACUUGGAGAGCUCAGCCAUCACAAAGCAACCCUCCCUGUCCAUGAGUGAAGGCCGGUCAGGUCCUCUGAGCAGCACCUCCUCAGAGCAGAGCCAUUCUUUGGGUGAAAUCCGGAGUGGCGGGGAACAUUUUGGCCCUGAACGGAACUACAUCUUGCAUGGGGAAGUGGCAGGCAGCUACAAAGAGGAUGACAGGAAUACAGUGAGUGAAGCCAGCCAGACUCUUCCCCUGAUGCAUCCGCAGCAGCCUCCCAAGACAGAACAGGAAUCGGAUCAAGGGCAGUUCGCUCCUGCCGCAAGUAUGGUGACCCAGCCCAGCCUGGGCGGUGUGAACAUCGUUGUUCAAACUACCGCAAGCUCCUGCCAGCAGUACAAGGUCCAGAGCAAUGGUGACUACGGCAAGGGUGGCUUCUUUACCGCUGAUCCUUCCGUGGACAUCUCCACGGGGAGCAACUCCUGUCCCAGCAACAGUGACCACUCCAAAGAGCAAGGUUUUGGGCAGAUGGAUGAGCUUCAGCUGGAGGAUUUGGGUGAGGACGAACUGCAUUUCGAAGAUGCCAGUGAAGAACUGGGCCCAUCAGAAGAAGUUAUUGAGCUGAGUGAUGACAGUGAAGAAGAGCUGGCCUUUGAGAACGACAGCCGGGAUAGCAAGGCAAUGCCCUGCCAGGUGUGCAAGAAGGUCCUGGAGCCCAACAUCCAGCUGAUCCGCCAGCACGCGAGAGAUCACGUUGAUCUGCUCACCGGGAACUGCAAAGUCUGUGAAACCCACUUCCAGGACCGGAACUCCAGGGUCACUCAUGUUUUGUCCCACAUCGGCAUCUUUCUCUUCUCUUGUGACAUGUGCGAGACCAAGUUCUUCACCCAGUGGCAGCUGACCCUCCACCGACGAGAAGGGGUCUUUGACAACAACAUCAUCGUCCACCCCAGUGACCCGCUGCCGGGGAAGAUCACCAUGUUUGGGGGAGGGCCUGGCUCAGAGCUGGCGUGCGCUGCCUGCGGGAAGCCUUUGGCCAAAGAUUUCCACACCAUCCGCAACCAUAUCCUGGACCACGUGAACUUGAAAAGCCAGACAUGCGGCGUGUGUGACCAGAGGCACCUCAGUCUCUGCAGCCUGAUGUGGCACACCCUGUCUCACUUGGGGAUCUCGGUCUUCUCCUGCUCUGUUUGUGCCAACAGCUUUGUGGAUCGGCACCUCCUGGAGAAGCACUUGGCCGUUCACCAGAACAUGGAAGAGGCUCUCUUCCGCUGCCACUUCUGUGGCCAGAGCUUCAAGCUGGAAGCGGCGUAUCGUUACCAUGUCAGCCAGCACAAGUGCGGGGGCAGCCUGGACAUCCGACCCAGCUUUCGAGACCGUCUCCAGCAUCAGGGCCUGCAGAAGAGGAAGCUGCCGGAGGAGUUCCUGAGCGAAGACUUGGCGCUGCAAAACCAGCCAGGCAACAGCAAGUACAGCUGCAAGGUCUGUGGGAAGCGGUUUGCUCACACCAGUGAAUUCAACUACCACAGAAGGAUCCACACCGGAGAAAAGCCCUACCAGUGCAAGGUGUGCCACAAGUUCUUCCGCGGCCGCUCCACCAUUAAGUGCCACCUGCGGACGCACUCGGGAGCCCUCAUGUACCGCUGUACUGUGUGCGGGCAUUACAGCUCCACGCUCAACCUCAUGAGCAAGCACAUAGGCGUGCACAAAGGCAGCCUCCCCCCGGACUUCACCAUCGAACAGACUUUCAUGUAUAUCAUCCAUUCCAAAGAUGCGGAGAAAAACACGGACAGCUGAUGGGGUGAGGCAGGGCAGGGCCAGCAAAGGAGCAAAUGCUAAUUACAGAAGCUGUGGAAAAAAUGUCAUUUAUUUUAUUUAAUGGUCAGGCAUCAUGGAUGGAAUCCUCCUUUUCUAUUUUUUUAAAUUUUUUUUUGGCCUUGCUAGGGCUUUUUAGAUUGGUGGCAUUGUACAAAUUAACAGCACGUAAGCUACAUCACUGUUUCCAAGAAGUCUGUCGUGUUUACUUACCUCUGGUCCUGUUAGAGGCCAUCGAGUUCUGUGUUUUUAGCAUUUCUCACUAGGUUUUGAAUCUAGAUUUUUUUUUUUUAACCUUUUAGCCCACUUGACUAGGCUAACCCUCAGUUUGAGCUUGUCCACAAACUGAUGCUGCUAAGAUUUUUCACACCUGACCUCAGUAGAGAGGGACAGAGCCAGAGCAGGAUGGUGCUGGACUCGAAGAAAAGGAAAAACAAAAAAAAAAGAAAAAAGGAAAAACAGACUCAUUCUGGGCAUCACUGGGGUUCUGCUGCUAUUGCAAGGAGAUAAGCAAAGUCCGUGUCACAGAAUCAGCCUUGGAAGUCGUUGCUCCGUUGCAGGGGAGAUGAGCAAGCAGCAUGUGAGUGUGCACAUGCAAAUGAGGAGGGAUACCUGGCGGUAAAUGAGUAGGAGGGUGAUUGUCGCUCGCAAGGGCAGUUCCCAGGCAGUGCUGCUGGUCUCUGGGAGUCCUGCCUGAGCUGGGAGUGUGGCUGGCAGUUUUUCUGCCAUGCCCGUGACAUGCCGCUCGCUCGUGCCCCGAGACCCCAUCUCCAAAGGAGGAGAUGAAGGGGUGACACCACCUCUCUGAAGAGCCCGAGCAGCGGGGCAGCUGCGUGGAAGGAAAGAGGCAGAUGCGUGAGCAGAGGGAGCUGUCAGAGGAGUCGCUGACCUCGAGAGGGCAGGGGAAGCAGGUUCGUGUUGUGGGGUUGACUGCUCCUUGGGAGAUAUAUUGUGAUGGCACAGUCAUGCCUAACUUCUGCUGCACCGCAGUUGGCCAUCGAGAGUGUGCCGACCUCUCCUCAGCUCUCCUCUGCCGCCGGCAGCCAUGCACGUCGUGCUCUGCUGGCACAGUGUGUCCCAGGGCUGCCAGUUGCUGGAAGCGCUGGAUGCCAGAGAGUGGCGUUGCUGCGGCUGUGUGGAUCCCAGCAAGGCAAGAUGUGAUGAAGCUGUUGCCUUAACUCCCAGGAAGGUACCUUUGAGGACUCUUCUCUCUGCUGAAGGGAUAGCCCCCUCCCGUGGUUGCCGCCGUGGCUCACCGCAUCCCGGACAAGUCUCGUGGCAAAUGUGUGUUGCCGGAUGUUGUUGGUGCGAUGUGAGUUCGUUCAUCUUUUGUAGAAUCCUGCCAUAAAUUCAGCGGGUGCCGGCUGGGGGCUGCAGCAGAGCAGCUCUGGGAGCCGGCAGCAAUAGCAGCUGAUGUGAACCUCAGCUCAGCCUCUCGUGGAUGUGUGUCCUUGUGGGCUGGGGGCUCCUCGGCGCGGUGGGCUCUCCCGGCUGCACUGGCGAGGUCAGCCCCAUGCCGGCAGUGUUUACACCAGGAAGGGUGGGGAUCGGCUUUUUCCCAUGUUAUCCUGCUGUGGGGCAGAGGUGGAGAGGAACAAAUAUUUCCGAUGCCGCAGCAUGAGUUAUGACUGCCCUUAGGUAACUCAUUCUACCUCACAAACAGGAAGCGCUCAGGGCUUUCAAGCCACAGUCAUAGUAAAUUGGCUCCUGCGCUUCUGUAAAGAUAUGCUGUUACAAAACAAAACUAGUGAUUUGCAAACCCUGUAAACUCAUCCCGCUUUCUCCUCCUCUCGAAGGGACAACCCGCGACAGAGGAGAGGCAUGGGCUGAACAUGUGGUUGGUGAGCUAGGAAUUCCUGGGGGUUGCUCCCCCCGUUCCGCUGUGGCCUUGGGCAAGUCACUUCACCUCUUUGCCUCAGUUUCCUCAUCUGUAAAAUGAGGGUGGUAACACUUGUGGUACCUACCUACCUCCCGGGAGUGUGGUGAAGAUUGCUGGCUCAUACCUGCAAAGCGUGUGGGAGAUGCAAAGUGCUUGGUGAAUAUUGAUGUUUAGUGUCCUAGGGAAAUGACAGCCUCCAUCCUUUCCUGUUCUGUACCAGUUCCUGGACCUGGUCGGGUCAGUUUAGUCCUGUUACAGCCUUCCUCAUCGCAAGCAAACUUACCUUUAGCCCCGACCCCAUCACAGUCCUGUGAAACGAGCUCUGUAGCAAUGUAAGAAGUGGGGGAUGGCUUAGCGCUGCUGUGUCUGCGGAGGGGCUGUGGGAAGCAGCACUGGGGAGCGGGAAGCAGGGAUGUGUGUGCUGAGGGGUAGCGGCGCUGUAAUGUCCCCUGGGCUUUGCAGAGCACGUCUCCCCAUCGGCUGGGCGCAUUGCUGUUGGGAGCAGGAGUUGUUUGCGUCCUGGGGAGAGAGGAGCUGGAGGGUGCGGAGGUGUGCGGCCGCUGGAAGCCCCUGCCCUUCAGCUCCAUCCAUCCUUCGAUCCCUGUGGUUUGCUUGUAAAGCUGCGUUUCCACCGCGGCACCUCCAGGUCCAGGUCCAGCCUGCUGUGACGGGGGAAGAGAAAAGAGUCAGUGUUGAGUCGUGUCCCCGCUGGCAGUGCUGAGCCCUGGCUGGACCUAAUGACCCUUCCCAGGCAGCUCCUUCGUCCUGAGCUUGUAUCAUCCUCAGUCACCCUGUGGACCUGCAGUACCCGAGUCCGAACCCACUGCACAGAGGUGGGGUGGGUGGAAUGGACCUUGCUGAGGAGGAAUGAGAGGCCAUUGGGAGUUUGUGUCCUUUCCUCAGUCCCUGUAAUACUGGCCAAAUUUGGGGCCAGCUGACAUCGCCCUGGGGGGUGUUAAACUGGACUUGUCCUUAUUUUGGUGCCUGGAGCCUGUUUUCAGAGGAGGAGAGGCACCGUAGUGAUCCCCAACCCUGGGGCCAGCCAGGCUGUGCUGUGUCUGCCACUGGAGCUCUGGUUUCCAAACUCUGGUCUCAUGGUAAUGGUCAGCUGCCAGGCCACGGUCUGUGACCUCUAGCUGGUCUGCAGAGCCAUGUUUAGCUUAGUGUUGUUAAGUUUUAAAAAAAAAAAAAAAAAAUCAUUUUGAGAACGCAUGGUGCUCUAGGAAAGCAUGGGAGUUGAUGGCAGUCCACUGGAGGCUCCUCUGAGGAGCUCUUUGAGUUACAGGGUUUUUUUCAUUGUCCUGGUGGUGGCUGGUAGACAGGAACGGAUGUGACCUGCUCUGCCCUGGAGAUUGCUAUGAAGGAUGUGAGGGGGGCAGAUGAGGCUUGGGAGAGCGGAGUCCCUAAAGCCUCAAGACCCUCCUAAAACGUCCCAGAAGCUGUGAUGAGCUUUUGGAUGGGUUGGGGCGCUGCCGUAUGGUAGUGUCUGCAGCCCUGUAUCUAGCUAAGCUGUGAAGCAAAAGCCUUUUGUGCACAUAAACCAAAAAGAGAAGCCUUUACACUGAAACACUAAUGGGCAAAGCAAGCCCACCCUUCUGGACACAGGGACGGGAAAGCAAAAGCCCACCCCCUUCACUGCCAGUUGUUUUUGGUUGUGGGGAUGGGGAGAGCACUCGGGUCCCUGGCGUUUCUGUGUCUUGGAUUCUUUCCUGUGUUAUAAUGAAUCAUUCCCACAUGAAACAUCUCGAGAUCAGCAGCGAGUCCCAUCUGCAGAGGGGAUGCCGGGACAGAUCUGGACCUGCAGCGCUCCUCUGCUGGCCUGGCCUCAUGCCACUGCUCCUCCUUGGAGGGAUUUUCCCAAGAGGGGUCAGAGACCUGAGCACUCCUUCCCCUGGGAGGGUUCUGGGCCUCUCCAAGCCUGCAGCCAGCGUCAGGGCUCUGUUGUCCCUGUCCCCUCGGCGGCAUGGCUGUCCCUGACUCCAGCCAGCCUGGCUGGGAGCUCCAGUGUUCCUCCAGAAAGCUGUGGGGCUGGGGAGGGUGGGGGUCAGCUGGAGCGGUGGGCUCAUCCUGAGUCCCCCACGGGCUGCGUUGCCCCGAGGAGCCAUAGCUCUGACCUGGCUGCAUCACGGUGGAGGCACCCAGUGACGGCAGGGGCUCCUGGCCAGCAGCAUGGGGCUGUGUGUGUGCCGGCGGUGCAGCCCCGCACAGCUCCUUGUUGGAGGCCAAGCGCUGUUUGCAGCAUCGGGGCAGCCAGGGCCGAAACUCUCUGCCCGGAUCUGUUGCUGCUCCACCGCUGACUCGCAGUGCAGCCUUUGGCAAGCCUGCUCGCCUCCUGACCUCCCCUCCCCUCCGUGAAUGUGGGGACAACACUUACCUACCUCUCCUGGGGCAGCUGUGAGGUUUAACUCGUGUUCGCAAAGUGCUUUGGGAUCUUCGGGGUACAAGAGGGGAACGCAGAGGGGAAAUGCUUCGCCGUGAGCUGUGCCGGCGGCAUUUGCAGAGAGCGACCGGGUUGCAGGUCCUCACAGGAAACCCUGACAUAAAAUCCCCCUCCAAAAGGCAGUGCUUCGAGACUGGUCUUAUUCAGAUUUCUAAAACGCAAAGUUCAGUUUGAUUCUCCCCUUUCUCAAAGGAUCCAGGUCUCUUAUCAGAAUAAUUAAGCAGAAGAAAGAAAAAGAGUUGAAUUGCUGUCUAACCUUUUUGUUAAGUUAAUAGUAGGUACUGACCUCCUGAUAUUUAAGUGUUUACUAUCUAUUUGCUGUAAAGUUUUGUAUAUUUUGUAAACUUCCCCCCCAAAUAGUAGAUGUCUAAAAUCGUUGUACAUCGGGUUCUUUUAUACUCCAUUGUUCAGCACAAAGUGUGGUUUUUAUUUAGAAUAAUAAAAUGGAAAAUGUUGA